AUGAUGUACCGUGGGCAGGCUCAGAAAGUGAUGGUGCAGCCCAUUAAUAUUAUUUUCAAGUAUCUUCAAAAUCAAUCCAGGAUCCAAGUAUGGUCAUAUGAGCAAGUCAACAUUAUGAUAGAAGGCUGUAUAAUUGGAUUUGAUGAAUACAUGAACCUUGUUUUGGAUGAUGCAGAAGAAAUUCACAUGAAAACAAAAUCAAGAAAACCAUUGUGCCGUGUUAUGCUGAAAGGGGACAACAUCACUUUACUACAGAGUGUCCACAGCUAA